AUGGCUCCUACAUUCUGCCCGUAUUGCUACAACUGCCUCACAAUCCUCAGGGCGUCGGGAAACGAUCAAUAUCCUUAUGGUCGCAACGCCUUUGCUUGCAGGACAUGCCCGUACCAAUUCGUCCUCGACGGGCGUUACUACGACCGCACAUACAUGAAGAAGAAAGAAAAGGACGAUAUUCUGGGAGAGGAGCAGUCUGAUUUGCCGGUUAAUGAAGUUCCUGGAGGAUGCCCGAACGAGACAUGCGACUCCAAAAAGGCAUAUUUCUACCAAUUGCAGACACGAAGCGCAGACGAACCGCCAACAUCUUUCUUCAAAUGUAUUGAAUGCGGAAAACAAUGGAGAGAAUACUGA